AUGGCAUUAAAUAAUAUUUCUAUGGAUCGAGGCAUAGACCACUCACUCACCGAUUAUGAGGAGGCCCGAGCAGCACUGCAACAGCAGGAACGGGAAAUUUCCUUUGAUUUUGCUUUCAAACGUGAUCAGUCAAACCUUGAGAUUCAAGCAAGCGAGGUCCUUGAUCGGAUUCGUAUCGCUGAGCAUGAGAGGCUAAAAUCAACGACUGGACUUGAGCGAGGCCAAAGGUUUUAUGAGAUGCUUUCUGCAAUUGAGGAUAGCGAUCUUUUGCGAACUGCCAAGCGCUCACCCAAAGGAGCGCUGUUACACUGUCACUUUGAUGCUAUGCUGCCCCCUGAGGUGAUGUUGCCAAUGGCACAAAAAAUGAGCAACAUGCAUAUCAAGUGUACAGAACCCCUUGUGGAGGCCGGUUCUUUUUCAAAAGCUCUGCCGGAAAUGCAAUUGUUAAGCAAAAAGAAAGCCAUGGCUAUGUCUCAUAUCAACAUUUUUGACCGAUCUUAUUCAUCGAAUGAUUGGAUGCUGUAUAGCGACUUUCGACGGAGCUUUCCAACAGGCGAUCAAGGAGCUGAUGAAUGGCUUCUUUCGAAGAUCGAGCUACAGAGAUCUGACGCGCAUUCUCCACAAAGAACAGUCAAUAGGUGCAUGCCAUAA